GACACAAUUCGAUUGAUAACUUAUUUAUGUUAUAUAAAGUAUCUUUUAAGUAACACCUAAAAAAAUGUCGUCAUUGUUAAUUUUAAGCAACACCUUUAAUUAGUGUUGCAAACAUAGUGUUGGCAAAGGCCACUUUUCCUGUAGUGACUAGUAGUGGUAGUGUGGUUCUUCCCAUGCAAACCCAAAAUAACUUUCCUAGUUUGGUACUACAAAACCCUAGCUAAUAGUAACCUUCUCUGCCGAUAUCAUCAUCACCACCAAUCUCACCAUCAUCAAGCUAAGUUUAAUUUGAUAGAUAUGUGCAUGCACCCUCGAAAGUAUAGGGUGUUUUGUUUCAUUGAGCUGUAAUUUUCUAUUUUUUCUAUCUUAAGGCUAAAGUUUGGAACCAGAUUAAGCGCGAACUGGUGGUAGAAACUAGAAAGUUGUAUAGGGUGUAAUCUUAAUUAUGAUUCGGAAUCUGAUUAAUGAUCAUUGUGUAAUUCUGUGUAAUGAUUAGGGUUGUUCAAAAGCUCCGAGAUUCUUCCUCAUCAUUAUAUUUAUCUUUGCAUGAUUCUUCCCAGGACAAUCAUGCUUACUUCGACGGAUGCAACCGCAAUCAUCCCGUGAACUGAUCAGUAUCGCUUAGCCGCAGCAAUAUGGAUGUAUUUUCGAUGAUUGUUUGACCUUUAACUGAAUGAUUGAACAUUGACUAUUUUCUCUUCUUCUUCGUUGAACUAGAGAUGUCAAGAUAGAGCUAGGGUUUAAAUUUGAACUAACGAAAGAGAAACGAAGGUUGAGAAACGAGAAACAGAGGCCGGGGAGAUGAGUUAGGGCUGCAACUAGAAGAUGAGUUUCAGGGGGAAAUGUUUGGGCUAAAAUCACUACAACACCCGAACUACAAACAAAAUGUUAUUUCUGUCUUAUUUUAUUCAAUAUUCCAAUCCUAUCUCAUCGUAUCAUACUUUAUAACAUUUGUAUCCUGACGCUUUUGUUGACCAUUAGAGAUAACUGUUGACUUAAUGGUGGUCAAAAUAAUAUUAACUUUUGUUGACAUGGCAAAAAAGUGGUAAACACAUAGAUGCCACGUCAUUCAUAUAUAAUAUAUAUUUAAUUAAAAUAAAAAUAGAUAAAUUUUUGAAAAAAUUAGAUUUUGAAAUUCAACAAUAUUAUAAAAAUAAUUCGAAGAAUCAAAAUGAUGAUUAAAAACAAAACAUCUCAGUUUCUCUCUUCCUUCUGUUGGCUUCCUCCGCCGCUAUCCCUAGAGGAUUUCUUCUCUUCACAGAACCCUCUCUUCCCGCUGUGAGUAGCAAGCCUCAAAACAACCUAACAAUCAUCGCCGCCUGAGAACGAGGAUUAUGGAUGGGCGAGGUUUGGGCUUUGAAUUGGAUUGGGACCUCGAUUGCUCCUCACAGUUCAUCCCCAAAUUCACUUGACAAAAGAUUAAACGGCGGGGUCUGGCCUUUGAAUCGAACCCUAAUUUUCAAUCUCAUCUUCCCCUGUCGUAACCAAAAAAAUCCUUAAGGCCUUGUUCACUUUUAUUUUUGUUUCCAGUUUUCUGUUUUCAUGUGAUAAAUUUGGCAACCGAAAUGAGAAAACUUGUUUACUUUUCAUUCUGUUUUCUAUUCGUUUCCAACUAUGAAAACAGAAAGUGGCAACUUCCUGCUGUUUUCGGAAACGACAAAAUGUUGUUUUCACCUGUUUUCAACAUCUGUUUUCUCAAAAACAGGAAACAGAAAUGAAAGUAAACAGGCCCUAAGAUUCUCGACCAGUUGCCGAUUUCCUCGCCCGACAUUCGGGGCAGGGAUGGAAGCGAACGAGGUUGGGGGGACGGAGGAGAAGUGCAUCGGCGAUGUAGAGGAGGCCCGAGGUUGCGAUCUAGAUUUACCGUCGCUCGCGUCGACGCCCAUUGCGGCCCUUAUUGUUCUUGAUUUACCGGCUCGUGUUGACCCACUUCCUCACGCAUCUCUAUAUCUGUCCUUUUGGCGGCAUAGAAGGAUGGUAAGUAUGGCAGAAGAGGAAGAAAUUUUAAUAGAAGUAUACACAGUGCAAGUGGUUUACGGCGAUGAUUAUGCCGUCCUUAAUUUUGCUAGAAGGAAGAAAUGGGUGUUGAGGGGGGUCGUCGGGUACUCGGGUGGAGUAGGGUCGCGGGUGUCGCGGAAAGACGACGAGACGGAGGUCAGCGGGCUAGGUUUGGCCUGGAGGGCGGAGGCGGAGCCGCAACGGGACGAGACAGAGGGAGGGACUGAGUGAAGUUGGUGAGAAGUCCUGAGGGCUCAGGCGGGUCGACAAAGGAAGGAGAUAAGGUUUGGGACUUGGGUUAUUUUUUUAAUGAAAAACGACGUUGGUUUGGGUAAGACGGCGACGUAUAAAUUAAAACAUAACCGGCUUAGGUUACUCGAUUAACCAAAGCGCCUCUUAAGUUUUCCGACCACCGACCGUCUCAUGUAAUUUUCGCUUAUAGAUUUACCGGUAAUCGGCGGUUAUUGGUUUAACCGACCAGUUCACAGUAAUCGACAACUGAACUGUCACCUUUAGGUGUAGUUCAGGGCGGCCGACGGAAAGGUUGGAGUGAAGCCAUCUAUCUCUAGUGAAGCACAAUGGGGUAGGGCAGGAUGGGUUUUGUUUUUAUUUUUUGUAUUUUUAAAUUUUUUUCAAAUAAGUUGAAAAAUAAAUAAAAAAUGAGAUUGAAAAUUUCAUGACACGUCAAUGCAAACUUGAUUUUAUCCAAUAUUGUUAAUAACUUACCUUGAAAUCUGCAAUUUAUGACUUCUUACAAAGCUUUCUUUUAUUUGACUGUCAUCAAGGAAAAAUUUCUUUUUACAAUAAGGUAACUUUUUGGAGCUGGUCAAAAGAAGAAAAAAGGCUAUCGAGUACCAACUUUGAAGCCAUGUUUCAACCGUCCUUUUAUAAGCCAUGUUUCAUGCAUGCCAAGGUUGUCAACCCGUGGGUUGACCCGCGGGUCGACCUACUUUGAUCCUGACCCGGUGAGAAAAAUGGGCCGCACACAUCCGCCGGGUCGACCGCUAUACGGUACCGGGUUGAAGGUCAAAUUGUGUCAUUUUUUUCUUUGGUUUGCGAAAUGCGCAUAUUUUCCGAUUUUUCUUUUCGCCUAACUCAAACUUUGGAAUCAUGAGUUGAAUAUUGAUGUAUAUAAGUGUGUGUAGAUUUUCACUUUAUGCUAGAUCUAAGUACGAUAUGUUAUUUUGGUGUAAUAUUAUAUGUUAUAACUCAUAUGUUAGAUAAGAUUUGAUAUAAUUUAUAAGGAAAAGUACAAUAUAAUGACUAUUUCCAUAUUUCCGGGCCAAACCGGGCUAAAACGGUUGACUCAUUAACCCUUGACUUACUAGCUCGACCGGGUCCGGGUCAACCGGCGGGUUGACAACCUUGAUGCAUGCUUUAUCUCUGACUUGAUUGAUCAAAUCAUCUUAUUUGUGGAGGAAGGAAGAUAUUGGCACUGAAAAGCAGGAGACCAAUACAUAAGUAAUAACCGC